AUGCCGAUAACUGGGAAACUCAAAGUGAGUGUAACAAUUGAUGAAGACGGUGAAGACCUCGGUGGUUACUAUCACGAUGCCGAGAAGAUAAAACAACACGAUGACUCCUGGGAGGAAGUGGAGGACAAAAAAGGCUCAUACAGCAUCCGUCGUCGUCGUCAGUUCCAACAGCAUCAACAUGGUCGCCAUGCAAACUAA